ACUACGCGUACUGGUCUUGAUUUCAGAGUCACAUUGUAUAAAAUAGGAUAGCCAUGGAUUCAACGGAAGACAACAGUGAAAAUGAGAAUUCCUCAAACGCAGAACAGGAAGAAUCUUCAUCAGAGGAGGAAACCUACAACGAUUCUGAAGAAAAUGACGAAGAUGGGGACGGCGAAAAUAAUUCGUCACAAGAGGAGUCUGACAAUGAGUUAGGAGAUAAUGAAGAUGGAGAUGUGCCCAAACUAGCAGAGGCGGAGUUUAAAGAAAUACCAUUUGAAGAUUUACUUCAAUUGCAAAGGAGACUGGGAUCCAGAAUGUACAAUGAAGCAAUUUUCGGCACAUCCAGAGAAAGGAAGGUAAAGGGAGGAUCAUCGAAUCCUGCCAAGAAGCUGAAAAGUGGAAAUAAAUCAUCAAGUAGUAGUGAGUCGGACGAUGACAGCGGUCCAGAAGAAGUGACCUCGAAGCGAAAAGUUCCGGCUCUUGGGAUGGCUAAGAACAAACACUUAACGAAAGAAGGGCCCAGAGAUCCCCGCUUCGACUCCAAACAUGGUUAUUUUAGCGGUCGCCAAUUUAGGAAAAAUUAUAGCUUCAUAAACGAGCUGCGACAGAAGGAAUUGAAGAAAUUGAAAAACAGUCUGGAAAAUGCAACCGAUCCCGAGGAGGCCGACAAGAUCAAGUUUGUUAUUCAACGAACGCACAAUCAAAUUCACGAAUAUAAGAAGCAAAAAGCGUUGGACGAAGGAAGGAUGCUUGAAAAACAACAGGCUCGCCAGGCCAUCCAAGAAGGAAAGCGUCCGUUUUACGAACGUAAAAGUACGAAGCAGGCCAAGGCGUUGGUUGACCAGUACGACAAACUUAAAGAGACCGGCAAACUUGCGAAGCAUAUCGAUAAACGAAGAAAGAAGGUUACUGGUAAAGAUAGGAAAAAGUUGGAUUUCUCUACGUAGUGCCUUUGUUUUAUAUUUUGCAAUUGGGUUCAAUAAAUGGCUAUUCUAACCAA